GUAGAGKCGCGUACGCUUGAACGACUUUCAUAUCAGCAUUGCAAAAUGGCGGGUUAUCGACGUUCUCGUGCUGGCAACAUUUGUUUUMCCUGUAUGCGCGCGUUUUAUCGACGAGUUAAAAGCGAUUUAAUGCUCACACUUAUACUAACUGGAGUUGCCGUGGGCUUCAUUUGUGGUACAUUAGCCAAUGGUCCAAUUAAUGAAAUUAAGGAUAUCGAGAAAAAGACSACUGUUAUUAUGCUMAUUGGGUUUCCAGGAGAGCUGUUCAUGAACAUGCUAAAACUUUUAAUUCUGCCGCUGAUUGUAGCAAGUCUUGUUACAGCUGUAGCUUCGUUAGACGCUGGAGCAACGGCCAAGAUAGGACGCCGUACGAUCGUUUACUAUUUAUCCACGACCUUUCUCGCWGUCAUUCUGGGAAUUGUUCUUGUAACAACGAUUCAGCCAGGAAAAGGUGGCAAACCUGAGACUGAGAUCAAGAAAGAAAUGCCUAAAGUUCGCAACUUGGAUUCUCUUUUGGAUUUAAUAAGAAAUCUUUUCCCGCCAAAUAUUGCGGAAGCCACGUUCAAUCAACGAAUGACAAAAUACAAUGCCUUGCCUGCCAAGUACCGUUACUACAAUAAGACUGUCACAAAUCUUGACAAACAUUCGGGUCCAGUCUUCUCCAAUGGCACUCAUAAUAUCACGACUGUGAAAGAACUGGUGCAAAGAGCCUAUCAAUAUAUCCCAGCAGGGACUUCGCCGAUAUACGGCAGUUCUAUGAAUGUCCUUGGUUUGGUUCUCUUCUCAAUAGUUAUGGGAGCAAUGUUGAGCAAGAUGGGCAAAAAGGGAUUGCCGCUUAAAAUAUUCUUUGAAGCCUUGAAUGAAGUUGUGAUGAGAAUGGUAACACUUGUAAUGUGGUAUUCGCCCAUUGGUAUUUGUAGUUUAAUCGCGUCCAAAGUAGCAGGCAUGGGCAACAUCUUACUGUCACUGAAAUUACUUGGAAUGUUCAUUGUGACCUCUAUAUUAGGCAUUCUUCUCCACACCUUUAUCACGCUGCCUCUUAUCUACUUCGCCAUGACACGAAACAACCCAUACAAGUUUUUGAUUGAAAUGCGUGACGCAAUGGUCACGGUGUGGGGGACCGCUUCAAGUGCAGCGACGCUUCCCACCACCAUUCGAUGCACAGAGGAAAACCUAGGUAUUGAUUCACGCAUAACCCGUUUUGUAUUGCCGCUGGGCGCUACCGUCAAUAUGGACGGCACAGCUUUGUAUGAGGGUGUCGGAGCAAUCUGGAUUGCACAAAUCAACAAAAUAUCAUUGACACCUGCUCAGAUUAUUACUACAAGUUUGACCGCGACCGCUGCCGCCAUUGGCGCAGCCGCAGUUCCUUCGGCUGGUCUUAUCACCAUGGUGAUUGUGUGUCAAGCAAUCAAUGUCCCCCCUGACGACAUUGGAUUGAUUUUUGCAGUUGAUUGGUUCAUCGACCGUUUUCGUGGAUUUGCCAAUAUCAUGGGUGACGCUUAUGGCUGUGGUYUCGURGAGAAGAUGUCGAGGGCAGAACUUGCUGGGGAGUCUCCAGUAAACGAUGAUAUCGAAGCUGCACCCAGGACAAGUCUCAGAGAUGAUGGAGAGAAAAGCGACGAAACCAAUUUAUAAUGAUAUCGUAUUUUUAMCCAUAGACAACUAGUAAGAAUCAUAGAGAUCAGGCAGAAAGCGCGGUGUAGGGUAAACAAGUUAAUUUGAUUAAUUAACGCUUUAGAAUUUAGAUGUAAUCCUGAUUUAUUUGGUACUUACUGAAAAGAGAUAUUGCCACGUACAGGGAUAGUUAUAUGAAAAUCCUUUUUUCAUGUCAUGUUUUGGUUUGAUUUUUAUCAGCUUUUGAUGUCAUUGGCGAUAAGAGAAUCUUACAUUAUUCAGACUACCGGCCUGGCUAGUGGCCGUUGCGGACUCGAACUCUGAUCGUCGUAUUGAUAUUGCAAGAUUAUAAACAUAGUUACCGAUUGGGAAAAGUUAAUGUAAUUAGAUAUAAAUGAAUUUGAAUAAAGAUGUUGUCAUAAAGUCA